CCAGCUGUUACAGUUAGACAUGGCUUUGACCUGCUUGCAGAGAUGAAGAACAGUGCACCUCAGGGCACAGAACUUGAGUUGACCGUAAUGAUGGUAGUGGAGGCUCUUUGUGAACUACAGUGUCCCGAAGCCAUACAAGGGCUUACAGUGUGGUCAUCCGCUGUUGCUGGCAAAACCCUUUCUUGGAUAAAUUCUGUAGCUCUGCAAGCUGAUGGGAGGUUUGAGAAAGCUGCAGUGGAAUACCAAGAACAUUUAUGUGCCAUGACUGGGGUGGACUGCAGUACUCCUGGCUUUGAUAAGAUCGUUUUAAAAUUGGCUAAUUCCAGCAGCACCUCUGCCAGCCCCAAACACGCAAAUGGAGAUGUCCGUAAAACUGUUCUGACAAAGCCUAGUGACCCUGUGCCUGAAGUGAUCAACUACUUGAGCAACAAGGCUUGUGAGUGCUAUAUUUCAAUUGCUGACUGGGCUGCAGUCCAGGAGUGGCAAAAUAGCAUGCAUGACCUGAAGAAAAGUGCAGUGGGCAGCUCUGUUAACCUGAAGACAGACUUCAACUAUAUAAAGGCUUUGAGCAGUUUUGAAUUUGGUGAACUCCAUGAAUGUACAGAGCAGCUAGAGUUACUUCCUGGAGAAAAUUUAAAUCUGAUAAAUGGUGGCUCAAAGGAAAAAAUAGACAUGAAGAAACUACUUCCUAAUAUGCUCAGCCCAGACCCUAGAGAACUUCAGAAGUGUAUAGAGGUUCAGCUGCUAAGAAGUUCUGUGUGCGUCAGCCUAGCUUUAAAUGAUGCAGACCAAGAGCAGAAGUGGCAAUCCGUUUCAGAAAGUCUCGGCAGACACUUGAAGCAAACCGCACGUAUAGCGAUGGGACCUCUAAGGCUGUCGACUCUUACAGUAUCGCAGUGUUUGCCUGUACUGGGAACAUUACAACUAUACUGCUCAUCAUCUCUUGAGAGUACAGUGUCCAGCAAGCUUACAUCUGAGGACUGUCUGAUCCCUCUGUUCAGUGAAGCUUUGCGCUCAUGUAAACAGCAUGAUGUCAGACCAUGGAUACAUGCUUUAAGAUACACAGCCUUCCAAAACCAACUUGCAGAAAAAUUCAAAGAACCAACGGUGCCCAUAAAAAGUCAUCUGAUGGAACUGGGAUUAACAGCUGCUAAAUGUGCCAGGAAACAUGGAAAUGUCACUCUCGCUGCACGAUUGCUUGCCCAAUGCAGUGAAAUCCAUUUAGACCAAGUGUGCAAUGCUCAGGAUUUAGUGUCUCAUUUCAAGAAACUUUCACUCCAUGGGCAGAUGGAUGAGAAGUGGGGACCGGAACUUGAUAUUGAAAAAUCCAAACUACUAUAUGCUGCAGGUCAGUCUGCUCAUGCCAUGGAAAUGCUAAGUUCUUGUGCUAUCACCUUUUGCAAGUCUGCAAAAGCAGAGUAUUCUGUGGCCAAAUCUAUCCUCACACUGGCAAAAUGGAUCCAAGCAGACUGGAAGGAAAUAUCCGGCCAAAUGAAACAAGUAUACAGGGUGCGUCAGCAAUCUAACACCUCCAGCCUUUCUACACUGGGAAAAAAUGUGCACACCUUAAUUGAUCUGCCUCCUGUAAAUGUGAUGGAUGAAGAGUAUCUACGUAUUGAAAGCGAAUCUACAGUGAACAUUGGAGUAGGUGAGCCUGACUUCAUUCUGGGCCAGCUGUACCACUUGUCUUCUGUGCAAGCACCUGAAGUGGCCAAGUCUUGGGCUGCACUGGCUAGCUGGGCUUAUAGAUGGGGAAGAAAGGUGGUAGAUAACGCUAGUCAAGGGGAAGGUGUGAAAUUAUUACAGCGUGAGAAAUUAGAAAUGCAAAGCCUACUGCCAGAUAAUGUGUCUGAUGAGGACAAAGAGAAGAUAUAUGGUAUCUUGGGCCAGGCAAUGUGUCGGCCAGCUGGAAUACAGGAUGAGGAUAUGUCACUUCAGAUUACAGAGAAUGAGGGCAACAAUGAAAAUGACACCGUAGAUGUGAUUUGGAGGCAGCUAUUGACCAGUUGCCCAUGGUUAGCAGAACUUGAUGAAGCGGCUUCAGAGGGUCUCAUCAAACUAUGGAGGAAAGUUGUGGAUCGGAUUUUCAGCCUAUAUAAAUUAUCCUGCAGUGCAUAUUUCACAUUCUUGAAGUUGAAUGCUGGAAGGGUUUCAUUGGAUGAAGAUGACCCUCGUCUGCAGUUAAAUGUUCCUUCUAAGCAAAGCACAGAUGAUGCUAUAGUCAUGGCAACACUGCGACUUCUCAGACUGCUAGUUAAACAUGCUGGAGAGCUUAGACAGUACUUAGAACAGGGGCUGGAG